AGAAAUACGUGACAUAUUUUUUGAAGGCUAAGAUCGCAUUCUACCAAAUCACACAACACUUUUUUCUAUGGUCGGUUAUGUGUAUUUGUUGAUUGAAAUUAUUAAAUUUGAAGUUGAUUGAAGUCCAGUACCAGAUCCCGUAAUUUUUGAGCAUUAUAAGGUGCUGUUCAUGGAGACUAUUUAAUAACAUGGAUAUAAAACAAGAAACUAGUGAACAAACUUGUAAAAUUCUUGAAAUAGAUAAUGAGACAUGGGUUGAUCCUUUGGAUGGCUUCAAAAUUGAAAUCAAGGAAGAACCGAAAAGAGAAAGUUCAUACGAGACCUUUGAUUAUUUAAACGAAUUUCCUGUAAGCACCAAAGUAGAACAAAAUGAACAUAAGUGUACUCUAUUUGACGAAAAGGAAACAACAAGUAAAGAAAGUUGCGCCCAAGAGGACAAUAAAAAGAAAACAUCAAUUACGUAUCAUGAAGGAAACUAUGAUAUGAGCGGAUGCAGUGAGAGAAAAACAUCAAGUAAAAAUAACAAAGGUCAAAUCGUAAAAAAAUCUUACAAGUGUGAAAUUUGCUGUAAGCAGUAUACUUCAGCAGGCAAUUUGAAAAGGCAUUUGACAGUGCACAGUGAAGAAAGACGUUACAAGUGCGAAAUUUGUCUUAAGCAGUUUAAUCUAGCACAUCAUUUGAAAAAUCAUAUAACAACGCACACUGGUGAAAAACCAUACAAGUGUGAAAUUUGUUUUAAGCAAUUUUCUAGAACCGAUACGUUGAAAAAGCAUUUGCUAAUGCAUACUGGAGAAAAGCCGUUUAAGUGCCAAAUUUGUUUUCAGCAGUUUUCGCUGCAAAGUAAUAUGAAAAUACAUUUGUUGACUCACACUGGAGAAAAACCUUACAAGUGUGAAAUUUGUUUUAAGCAAUUGUCUACAACUGUUGCAUUGAAAAAGCAUUUGCUAAUGCAUAAUGGAGAACGACCCCACAAAUGUCGCAUUUGUUUCAAGCAAUUUUCUCAAGCAGGAACUUUGAAACAUCAUUUGCAAACACACACAGGAGAAAAGUCGUACAAAUGUCAAAUUUGUUUUCAGCAGUUUUCCAAGCAAAGUAAUAUGAAAGUAAAUUUGAGAUUGCACACUGGAGAAAAACCUCACAAGUGUGAAAUUUGUUUUAAGCAAUUUUCUCGAAUAAAUCAUUUGAAAGGACAUAUGAAAGUACACACUGGAGAAAAACCUUACAAGUGUGAAAUUUGUUUUAAGCAGUUCACUCAUAAAUUAUCUUUGGAUGUACAUACGAAAGUUCACACUGGAGAAAAACCUCAUAAGUGUGAAUUCUGUUUUAAGCAGUUUAAUGAUGCAAGUUACUUGAAGAUUCAUUUGAGAUUACACACUGGAGAAAAACCCUAUAAGUGUGAAAUUUGUUUUAAGCAGUUCACGUAUAAAAAAUCUUUGAAUGUACAUACGAAAGUUCACACUGGUGUAGAAUCUUAUAAGUGUGAAAUUUGUUUUAAGCAGUUUAAUAAAGCAGGUAACUUAAAAGUUCAUUUGAGAUUACACACUGGAGAAAAACCCUAUCAGUGUGAAAUUUGUUUUAAGCAGUUCACGUAUAAAAAAUCUUUGAAUGUACAUACGAAAGUUCACACUGGAGAAGAAUCUUAUAAGUGUGAAAUUUGUUUUAAGCAGUUUAAUGAAGCAGGUAACUUAAAAGUUCAUUUGAGAACGCACACUGGAGAAAAACCUUACAAGUGUGAAUUCUGUUUUAAGCAGUUUAAUGGUGCAAGUAACUUUAAGGUUCAUUUGAGAUUGCACACUGGAGAAAAGCCUUAUAAGUGUGAAAUUUGUUCUAAGCAAUUUAGUAAAGAUGGAGAUUUGAAAAGGCAUUUAAGGAUACAUACUUUAGAAAAGCCUUACAAGUGUGAAAUUUGUUUUAAGCAAUUUAGUCAAGGUAGAAACUUGAAAAAGCAUUUAAGGAUGCACACUGGAGAAAUACCUUAUAAAUGUGAAAUUUGUUCUAGGCAAUUUAGUCAAGAUGGAGAUUUGAAAAGGCAUUUAAGGAUACACACUGGUGCUCUGUUCUGAUUAGCAAAAUACAAGGAAAAGAUAUUUACCAGCAGUUUUAUUGCUGGAAUCGAAUCUUAUGAUAGAACAGUAGAGCGUCGAUUAUCCGAACUAAUUGGGGGACAUAAGCAUUCGGAAAACCGAUUUGUUCGGAUAAUCGAACUAUAUUGAGAUUGUCAUACAUAUUUAUCCACAAGUGAAUAAAAACCAUAUUUAUAUAACUGUAUAUUUGUUUAUACCUUGAUAAUGACAAAUAGCAAUUAAACAAAAAAGUGCAGUCUUUGCAACAACAUAUUUUUGCAUACACAAUUGAAGAAAAUUGAAGAUAUUUUAAGCGUUAAUUACUAACGCUUGCUCAGUACUCGAGUGCGGGGCGCGGGAGUCGGGAGUUCGGAUAACCGGUCGUUCGGUUGAUCGACGUUCGGAUUAUCGACGCUCUACUGUAUAUAUUAAUAAUAUAGGUAUGCAAAGUGCGCAG